GGUCAACAUGUUCCAUCGCUUGACUGCGCAUGCGCGAUCCCACCUGCCGACUGCGGCCGCCGCCAUGGGCGUGGGCCUUGGCAUGGGCAUGAUGAACAGCUCUCGUCCGUCGGAAGCUCAAUCUGGUGUCCCCAGCUCCCUCAUCAUCCCUGAGAAGCAACCGAAGAUCAUGAACGGGCUCAAGAUUUUCAGCGGCAACGCCAACACCGAGCUUGCGAGCAAGGUCGCGGAACUCGUGGGUGUGAACCUGGGCAAAAUCACGGUCGAGCGUUUCGCCGACGGCGAAGUCAACGUCAUGGUCCACGAAAACGUGCGCGGCAAGGACGUGUACAUUGUGCAACCCACGUGUGUACCCGUCAACGAAAACCUCAUGGAGCUGCUGUUGAUGGUCAGCACGAUGCGUCGUGCGUCUGCGCGCCGCAUCACUGCUGUCAUUCCAUACUACGGCUACGCUCGCCAAGAUCGCAAGAUGGCGGCGCGCGUGCCGAUUUCGGCCGCGGACGUCGCGCGCCUCUUGGAAGCAAUGGGAGUCGACCGCGUGAUCGCCGUCGACUUGCAUUGCGGUCAAAUCCAAGGGUUCUUUGGCCCGCGCGUGCCCGUCGACAACUUGGACGGUGGCCUCGUGGGUGUGUCGUACUUUGGCAACAUGGAGCUCGUCAACCCCGUGGUGGUGUCCCCCGACGCCGGCGGCGUGGCGCGCGCCAAGAAGUUCCGCGAAUGGCUCGUGGGCAAGGAAGGCAUUGAGAACGUGGGGCUGGCCAUGAUCAUCAAGCAGCGCAUCAAGGCCAACGAGAUCGACCGCAUGGACUUGGUCGGCAACGUGAGCGGCUCCGACUGCAUCAUCGUCGACGACAUGAUCGACACCGCCGGCACCCUCUGCAAGGCGGCGCAGCAUCUAUCCGACCACGGCGCACGCAACGUGUACGCGUUCGCGUCCCACGGCCUGUUCAACGGCCCCGCGAGCGAGCGCAUCACGGCAUCGGCGCUGAAACAAGUGGUCGUGGUCAACACGACGCCGCUGCCGGCCAACUGCGUCGGCAACGAAAAGAUCAAACAGCUCGACGUGGCCCCGCUCCUCGCCCAAGCCAUCCUCAACAUCCACGGCAAGAAAUCCGUCUCGCAAUUGUUCAAUUAAUCCUACCACGGACUACGAUACAGUACACUAUAUAUCCCUCUGUCCGUCCUACA